AUGAACGAGCAACAAAACAUACCGCCAGUGAGCGAAGACGACCGUACGAUCUUCCGCGAGUGGCUGGACCGCGUCAAGUUUCCGGGGGCAAAACAUCCAGGGAUAUGGGAAAACAGCAGGUCCAACUGGGCGAGCUUCCUAUCAGCGACCAGCCGAGCACCGCAGGAGGCAUUGGCACCGAGAUGCAAGGUAGAAGGUGAAUGGGGAAGAGCUCGGGGCUGGGAAGAGCAGCCAGAGACAAAGGCGGAGAGCGCAAAGAGAUUCGGCACAGACGAAAGGCGGCGUCGGCGCAUCAGAAAACAGUUAUGGGAGCUGCUAGAUGGCCUUGAAGCCCUGGCCGAGAGAUGGCCGUGCAAAGCUCGGGUCGUCCUAAACCGUGCAGCUACACGGAAGUGAGGCUGGCGAGCCCUACGCAAGCUGGAUGUCAAAUGAGGAACUAGG